AUGGGCGCACCAAUGGGCUACCUUGAGCUCCUAAAGAAGCAGUUUACUGCCCCUAAGCUGUUCUUUCACUUCCUCUUCUGGACAUUUCACUGGGGCAUCUUCGCCUAUGGCUGGUGGAAACAAGCCGCUGACGCCCGUUUGGCCGGCCUCAACACGCUCAAAUUCUCAGUCUGGAUCUCCCGAGGUGCUGGUCUCGUCCUGAGCGUCGACUGCAUGCUCAUCCUGCUCCCCGUCUGCCGAUCUAUUAUGCGAUGGAUCCGUCCCAAGCUCCGCUUCCUGCCUCUCGACGAGAACCUCUGGCUGCAUCGCCAGAUCGCCUACUCCCUGCUCUUGUUCACCACACUCCACACCAGCGCUCACUAUGUCAACUUCUACAACGUCGAGCUGACCCAGAUCCGUCCCGUCACUGCCCUCCAGAUCCACUACAUGCAGGCCGGUGGCAUCACUGGCCACAUCAUGCUGCUCUGCAUGCUGCUCAUGUACACCACCGCACACGCCCGUAUCCGCCAGCAGUCCUUUGAGACAUUUUGGUACACCCACCAUCUCUUUAUCCCCUUUUUCCUCGGCCUCUACACCCACACUGUCGGCUGCUUCGUCCGUGACACUGCGGAAGCCAUCUCACCGUUUGCCGGUGACCAGUUUUGGGAGCACUGUAUUGGAUAUUUGGGAUGGCGUUGGGAGCUGUGGACCGGUGGCUUCUACCUGCUCGAGCGUCUAUAUCGCGAGGUUAAGGCCCGCCGCGAGACCAAGAUCACCCGAGUCGUCCGUCACCCUUACGAUGUGGUCGAGAUCCAAUUCAACAAGCCCUCCUUCAAGUACAAGGCCGGCCAGUGGCUCUUCCUCCAAGUGCCAUCCAUCUCCAAGUACCAGUGGCACCCCUUUACCAUCACCUCUUGCCCCUACGACCCCUACGUUUCCGUCCACGUCCGCCAGGUUGGUGACUUCACCCGCGAGCUCGGUGAUGCCCUCGGUGCCGGUGCUGCUCAGGCCAAGCUCUACGACGAGGUUGACCCCAUGGGCAUGUACGAGGUUGCUCUUCAGAAUGGCGACCAGAUGCCGGCUCUCCGCAUCGACGGACCCUAUGGUGCCCCCGCUGAAGAUGUCUUUGAGAACGAGAUUGCUGUGCUAGUCGGUACUGGUAUCGGUGUCACCCCAUGGGCGUCCAUCCUCAAGAACAUUUGGCAUCUGCGCAACUCUCCCAACCCUCCCCGCCGACUGCGCCGCGUCGAGUUCAUCUGGGUGUGCAGAGAUACCGGCUCCUUUGAAUGGUUCCAGACCCUGCUCUCAUCCCUCGAGGAACAGUCCAAUGAAGCCGCCCGCAUCCCCGGUAGCGAAGGCGUCGAGUUCCUCAAGAUCCACACAUACCUGACGCAGAAGCUCGAUAUGGACACCACCCAGAAUAUCGUCCUCAACAGUGUUGGCGCCGAGACUGAUCCCUUGACGGAGCUGCGCUCGCGUACCAACUUCGGCCGCCCUGAUUUCCCCCGUCUGUUUACCAACAUGCGCAACGGCAUUCUCGACCGCACAUACCUCAACGGUCUUGAGGGUAGCAUGCGGACCACGGUCGGUGUGUACUUCUGUGGUCCCUCAGUAGCAGCUCGCGACAUCAAGACCGCCUGCAAAGAGGCGACAGUCAAGGAGGUCGAGUUCCGCUUCUGGAAGGAACACUUCUAA